CCUUCCGUCGCCGCCACCUCCCCAAGCAGCCAAAGCCAUAGCCACCGCCGCCGCCGCCGCUGACGCUGCUAUCCCAGCAACCGCCACCGCAACCAUGGCUGCCGUGCUCACCCGCGCGCCGGCCGGCACGGUCCAGUGCUUCGGCCGCAAGAAGACGGCUGUGGCCGUGGCCUACACCAAGCCUGGGCGCGGGCUGAUCAAGGUGAACGGCGUCCCCAUCGAGCUGAUCCGCCCCGAGAUGCUCCGCCUCAAGGCCUUCGAGCCCAUCAUGCUCGCCGGCCGCACCCGCUUCAAGGACAUCGACAUGCGCAUCCGCGUCCGUGGCGGAGGGAAGACCUCGCAGAUCUACGCGAUCCGCCAGGCCAUCGCCAAGGCGCUCGUGGCCUACUACCAGAAGUACGUCGACGAGGCAGCCAAGAAGGAGGUCAAGGACAUCUUCGCCCGCUACGACCGCACCCUCCUCGUCGCCGACCCCAGGCGCUGUGAGCCCAAGAAGUUCGGUGGUCGCGGCGCCCGCGCGAGGUUCCAGAAGUCCUACCGUUGAGCGCUUACUUGCAGCAUCGUUGCGGGUGUUCUCUGCUUCGCCGCAUCGAUGGAGCUGCUAGUCUGGUUCUAAUGAAGUUUGGACUUUUUAAGCUUAGUCUCGUACCUUUUUGACAUUGUGAUAUGAAUGUGAUGAGAUGAUGAAGACUAUUGGCUAGUCCCUGGAAUUUAAGACUAUUGCUUGUUACCUAUGUUGAAUAAUUAUUAUAUGGUUGCUGCGAUUUUAAGAUUA